UGCCACAGCAUCCCUUGACAUUUGUUAUCAUUGGACAACCAAAAAUCAAAAUCAUAAUUCAAAUUAUUUAGUUAGGUCCGAUAGAUCGAUAUUGUUAAUAAGUGUAUUAAUUAAUUAAUUUAAGAGGUUUUCGUGUACUGCAAUAAUCAAUCAUGUUUCGAAGAUGUAGUUCAGACGACUCACAAUUAUCAGAUUCUGUUAUUAAUUCUAAAUCAGCGAUCCGCAUAAGCGUAUGCCUACAACGAUAUUUUAAGGACGUUCGCUCUCGAUGUUAUAUACAUGUUAUAAGGAAUCGACGAGUGCGUUGGUUAGAAAAGCGUUUACAAAAAAUAUUUUCGUUACCCGGUGGUUUUUGUCUUUGUGCCAAUGGACACUUAUUGCCCUCAUCCGAAUCACUUGCAUUGCUGCGUGCUGAAGACUCUGUAGAAGUAAUUCCUCUUCUUGAAGGACAUGUGGAAAUGCUACACAAAAAAGAUUCUUUAGAAUUGAAUGUAAACAAUCAGUCGGAAAAGGAAGCUCCGAAUGGGGAAACAGUAAGCGAAUCGCCGCACACACUCUGUGGUAUCGAUCACUUCGCUUCUAUCUCCAGCCACAGUCAGACAUCGGAAGGAGCCAAUAACAACAGAUCAUCGAAAACAACAAACGGAGUUCCAGGCACCUCCGAACUCAAAAGCCACGAUGACACAGACGGGAUCAUCACAUCGAAUCACGCACAAGACUCGGUGAAUAAUAAUAACACCAGGUUUACAGGAGAAAAUAAAGGAAAUGGUGACACAAAAGACACGGCGAUUACUUUCCACCAACUCAAGCGCCGUGCGCUCGCUUUGCUGGACGCGCAUCGCAGCGCGCGCGACGCCGCCGACGCCGAAGGCGAACCGCCGCCGCGACGCGUGCGGCGCCGCGUCCGGCGGCGCACUCGACGCAACCCACAGCCGGAGUGGGAGAAACCUGGACAGGAAAUGGAGCCGGAGCCGGAGCAGGAGCCGGAGCCGGAGCCGGAGCCGGAACCGGAACCAGAGCAGGAGCAGGAGCCGGAGCCGGAGACGGAGCCGGAGCAGGAGCAGGAGCCGGAGCCAGAGUCAGAGCCAGAGCCGGAGCCGGAGCCGGAACCGGAGCCGGAGCUGGAACCAGAGUUGGAGCGACAACUGGGACCGGUGCCGGAGUCGCAAUCGGCCCCUUCGGACUGCGAGCAGCCCGUGUCGCGCAACGGCGCGGCGCGCUCGCGGCGCCCGCGCGUCGUGCGGCCGCUCGGCGCGGACGAGUAGCCGCGGGUCCUUGUAAUGAAUGAUCAAUUCUCAUGUCCGAAUUCACCGGUAGCCCGAUCUCGGAAAUAUUGAGAUUCGACUUGCAUGAUCACAGUUUAGUGACAAGAUUAAAUGAUUGCGCAUUUAGCUCGAUAUGUAUUUUUGUUAAUUUGUUUGGAAUAGUAGUAAAAUAGUUUAGAGGUAGCAAUCCACUCGAUAUCGUCACACGUUCAAAUACACUCGACAAUUACUAUAU